AUGCCGCUGUUCACCUUCUUCUCCUUGUGCCUUCAUCUGUCCAUCGCCGCCGCCGCCAGCAGCCCGCCCCUUCCUCUAAACAGCACGCAGGAGUCCAUCAUGAGGGAUCUCUCGCGUUAUGUGGGCUCGGCCGGGUGGAACACAACCGUCUCCAAUCCAUGCCUAUGGAGAGGAAUCGGUUGCUCUCCUUCUGACUCCACUUCCUUCUCGGUGGUGACCGACAUCGAUUUGUCCGUCUGCUCCAUGUCCAACCCCACGCUCUUUGCGUCCUUAUGCUCCCUCGACACCUUACAGUCCCUCGACCUCUCCAAGAAUUACUUCUCCGAUUUGACGGGCCAUUUCUCUCGUUGCCCCAUGAGCGCCGGGUUGCGGGUGCUUAAUUUCAGCAGCAACCGCCUGGCCGGGCUCUUAGGCGAUCUCUCCGGCUUCUCUCGGCUCGAGGUUCUUGAUCUAUCCUUUAAUUCCUUCACUGGAACCGUGACCACCCAGUUGAGUGUUAUGCCUAGGUUGAGGAGCCUAAACCUCAACUCCAAUCAUUUGGUGGGUGUUGUCCCUGUAAGCAUGGCUAGCUCUUUGGAGGAGUUGGUGUUGUCUGGUAGUUUUUUCAGUGAUUCCAUCCCAAGUAUUCUGUUCAGUCAUUCAGACCUCACGCUGUUGGACCUUAGUCAGAACAAUCUCACUGGUGACCUUAGUCAGAACAAUCUCACUGGUGAUGUCCAGGACGAGGGAUCAUCAUAUUCCACACGACUUCACACACGACACGACUUCAAUUCGCUGGUCUAUCAGGCAAGGCGCAGAAGCCUAGCCUAGCUCUCGCCCCUCCCGUCGGCGGCCUCCUCGGCCACCGUCCA